UCCCCAUUUGUUUUGGUUUUAAAUGUAGUUUGAGGUUAUGUUCACGAACAAAUUUAAAAGACAAGUCCAGUGAUAAUUUCGUUAUUUGUUAUAUUCACGUUGUUUGACUUUUUUAAAAUUGAUCAUGCCAAGAACGUCUAUACAGUGCUGCGUCCCGCGGUGUCCCGGAACCGGUAAAAUUUUGCACAGAUUCCCCAUUCCCGAAUGGGAGAGUGUCAUAAUUAAGGAAUGGGUGAAGCGUAUAGCAAACAUUCAAUUAUAUCGUCAGGAGGAACGUAGGAUUUACACUUUCUAUAGGGUCUGUGAUUUACACUUCAGUGAACAUUGUCGUGUCCCCGACGCGACGCGCCUUAAAAAAGGGAGUUUACCGACGUUGCGUCUUCCGGGUUUUAAAGGUCCAUCGAACGCCAAAACUUCCAUUAUGAAAACUGUCCUAAAACCUCUAAAUAAUAAAGUAGAUUUUCGAACCAAAAAUGUAGAUAAAGAGAACUGUCCGCAGCCAGUUGCGGCUAAAAAGCCGUCUUUUUUUGUGUCACUGAAAACUAUGUCGCCUCAUGAUCACGCACUGCAAGAAGUGUGUCGCGUUUGCUUUAAAUCUUUGGGUGAGAACAACUUUAUUAGACUGUGUGACAAGAAUAAAGAAAUGAAUUUGUUUAAAAAUAUGUUGGCGAAAAUUUUGCCUGAACUGGAUCAAAACAUGUACCCCGGUAUUGUAAUUUGCUCCCUAUGUGAGAAUUUGAUAGUAUCUAGUUGGAAAUUGAAAGAAAUGUGUUCAAAUACUGGAGAAAAACUAAAACAGAUUAUUGAGAAGGAAGAAUAUACACUCAUGUGUGAUGGUACCUUGGUGAUCACAGAACUCACACCAUAUAUGAAAAUAUUAAUGGAUCACAAUUAUGCCCAAAAAUGCAUGUCAACAAAAAAGGAAAUUGUUGCUGUUGAUGAUAAGCCUCAAAGCGUUGCCAAAUUUCCUAAAGAAAAAAUUUGGGGGAAGGGACCAUAUCUGUGUGAUAAGUGUGGAUUUUCAUGUGCUGCUAUAGCACCAUUUAGACAUCAUUUGGUUAAACAUAAUGUAAGAAGAAAGUCGCUUUCAGCUUUAUGUGAAGUAUGUGGGAAAGUUUGCGUUAGUCUACAUUCCCUUAAGAAACAUUUGCGCUUCCACCAAAUUAUAUACAAGUGUACUAAAUGCAGUAAAGUUUUCAUCACAUUUAGGAGUUUGCAAACCCAUUAUAGAACCACCCAUCGAGCGUUCCAGCAGUGCAAAUUUUGUGCCAAAGUGGUCAAAAGGGGCAGGAGCAUGAAGGCGCACCUGUUGCUACAUAAGUACGGAAAGAACUGAUCAUGUAUUUUAUAUUGUGUUAUUAGAAUAAAAGUUUUUGUUCAUUUUUCUUAA